AUGUUGGCUCGUAACUCAGAGCAAAAUAUCGACCCAGGGAAGAUUGACCCUGACAUCAAGGAAGCCCAUAAGCUCAAGAACUGGUAUGAAAAUGGUGGCAAUGCUGUAACCACUAUUAAUCUUUCCAAGAAAAGAGAUGGUGCUUUUAGAGGUGUGGGUUACAACUUCAAAACAUUUUUUGAAGCCAAGAUGGAGAAUCAAGACUGUAAAAAGAAGGUAAAUAGUUGCUUUUUAAAUAAAGCAACUAUUAUUUUAAUGUUAAGGGAAAAUGUUCUUUACACUGCCUGCCCAAGUGAGAAUUGCAACAAGAAGGUUCAUAACCUAGACAAUGGACUCUACAAAUGUGAGAAGUGUAACUGCGAGUAUGAUAAAUUCAAGUGGCGACUGAUGGUUCAGACCAAUAUUGCUGACUUCACAGACAGUCUGAGUAUCACAGUAUUUCAAGAGCAUGCUGAGACACUGCUUCAAGUUUCAGCUGAGAAACUCUCUUCGAUGAAAGAUGAUAAUCCUAGAGAAUUUCAAAAAAUUUUUGAAGCCUCUUCCUUUAAGAACUACAUCUUUAAAUUUCGGGCUAGAAUGGAGACGUUUAAGGAUGAAAGCCAUUUGAAGCAUGCAAUUGUUGAGUGCUUGAAAUUGGAUCCAAAGAAAUACAAUCACCAUCUGAUUUCAGAAAUAAAGCAAAUGUCUGGACUGGCAUAAGUAAUUGGCCAAUUUAUCCAAAUAUUCUCAUAAGAAAUAUAUAUAUUUUUUUAGUGUUUUAUCAGAAAUUUUACAUUUAGUAGAUAUGAUUUAUUAAUGCUCUGUGAAUUACAGUAAUGUCAGUAGCAUGAUAACUUACAGAAUUUGCUAUUACUAAAUGUUAGUAGAUAAGCACACUCAUUGGACUAUUUUAUUGCAUCGUUAGGCAGUGCUGAAGUUAUUAAUGAUAUUAGGCUUGAUAUUAGCAUGUGAUAAUGAAUCCAAGUGCCUAUACAUCUGUAAGACCACCCUAUUGUUGUUCUUGUAAUGAUGACAUGUAUUCCACAGUAUUUAAUAAAAUUAUGAAAAUACUUUGUAAAUACAUUUUUCGUAAUUUUUUUUUUCAGAAAGUUCAUUACAAAGAUAAUAGAUGUUCUAUUUGAUAUUGUUGCAGUAAUUUUUCAUAAUCAAAUAAUUAAAAACAUUUUAUGUUACCCUUCUAAAAUUAUUGUUGCAAUAAUUUUUUCAUAAUUAAAUACAUUUUAUGUUAUCCUUUUAAA